AUGUCCAGAAAAUUAUCAAAAUUUCAUGAAUUAUCUGACAGAAGUAAACGAAGGCGGGCUGAUGAAGCUGGAUGCUCUCACUUUUCUUACAAUAUAUCUUCAUCAGAUAUUGAAAUAACUGCAGUCUCCCCAUUACUCGAUAGAAAUAUCCAAAUCCCUCCAAUUGUUUUAUACGACCAAAUAAAUGUAAAUUCAGUUCCUUCUUAUAAUGAUGAUUUUCCUAAUGAUGAUCAAUAUCAGUUUGGAAAUAUUAACAAUGAUUUUAUUAGUAGUAGCUAUAGUAGUUUUAGUAACAGUGAUAAAAGUAGUGAUGAAUCUAUUCAUGAACCAUAUUUUCAAACAAGCCAUGAAAAUGAAUCUCCCACAGGCAUUAAACAUUUUCUUAAAAAUUGGGCUAUUAAACAUAAUGUAACAGAAGUGUGUCUUUCAGAUUUAUUGGUUGGCCUAAAAAAUAAUGUUGAUGGCUUAUCUAAGUUACCAUCUGAUGCUAGGACUCUGUUGAAAACAAAUAUAGUUUUUGAGAAAAGUGUUGUUGAACCCGGUAGCUAUAUUCAUUUUGGUCUGGAAAUGCAGUUAAUACGUUUAAUCUCUAAUAUUCCAUCAAUUAACAAUAUACAGGACCUAAAACUAUUACUUAAUAUUGAUGGCUUACCAUUAUUCAAAAGUUCAGCCGGUCAAGUGUACCCUAUAUUAAUUGCAAUAAUGAAUGUUCCUCAAUUAAAAAAUAUAGUGUUUCCUGUAGGCAUUUAUUAUGGUAUGCAAAAGCCUAAUAAUAUAUUUGAUUUUCUUAAUCCAUUUAUUAAUGAGCUGGUUGAUUUAAUGACAAGGGGUAUAAUAACUGAGCUAGGAAAUAAAGUAUCUGUUAAACUCAUUGGUAUAUGUUGUGAUGCACCUGCUAAAAAAGAUUUAUUAGGUAUUAAAGGACAUGGAGGCUACAAUUCUUGCACUAGAUGCACAGUUCAUGGUAGAACGAUUGAAAGAAGGAGAACUUUUACCAACUUGGACUGCCCAAUGAGGACUAAUGAUGAUUUUAUAAAUUGGGUAGAUGUUAAUUUUAGACAAUCAGAUACGCCAUUGGUUAGAAUACCUGAUUUUGAUUUUGUUAAGUCAAUUAUUCUUGAUUUUAUGCACCUCGUAUGUUUAGGUGUAAUGAGAACAAUGCUCUUAAUUUGGUGUAAUGGUGAACUUCCACACAAACUAUCGCGAAAACUUAUUCAAGUAGUUUCAGAUUUUAUGACAAACAAUCGUAGAAGUUUACCUGUAGAAUUUGUUAGGCAGCCUAGGGAUUUAAAAUAUUUGUUGCGAUUCAAAGCAACAGAAUAUCGUUCUUUUUUAUUAUACUUGGGACCAGUUGCUUUAAAAGGAGUUUUGACUGAUGAAAAAUAUAACAAUUUUCUUACAUUACAUGUAGCGAUUUCAAUAUUGUUAAAUCCAAAAAGUUGCCAGAAGCCAGAUUUAACUGAAUACGCCAGAUCGCUUCUUCGGCAUUUUGUGCAAAACUUUAUGAACUUAUAUGGCGAAAUGUUUAUUACACACAACUUCCAUGGCCUUAUUCACUUAGCUGAUGAUGUACAGUACUUUGGUACCAUUUUAGACUCUAUUACCCUCGAUACAAUUUCAGCGUUUCCAUUUGAAAACUACCUACAAACUAUUAAAAAAAUGAUUAAAGGAAAGAAUAAACCCCUUGAACAAAUUGGAAAGCGAUUAGGUCAGAUAUUCUCUAUCCAUUCAGAAUUUCCAUCAACCAAUACAUGCAAAUUUCUGGAGGAUUUUCCAAAAUUAAAAAACGCUCAUUCGAAUGGGUCUCUGCCUCCUUACUGCAGUGGUCCACAAUAUUCUACACUGCUAUUUUCUAAUUUUACUAUUAAAAUCUUACCUCCAAAUAAUUGCUGUGGGACAAAAAAAGGUGAGGUUAUUGUAGUUGAAAAUAUUUGUUAUUCAACAAAGCUUAACUGUUAUGUUAUUGUAGGUAGAAAAUUUUUAGAUAAAAAUGACUUCUUCAAAAAACCUUGUGAAAGUUCCUGUAUAGGUAUUUUUGAAGUUCAAAAGCAAUCUGUUCUUAAAUGUUGGCCUAUUAAUGAAAUAAUAACUAAGUAUGUUUACUUCAAAUACAAACAAAGUUUUAUCACUUUUCCACUACUUCAUACAGUUUAA